GCUUUGGUCUCUUAUCAUUUUCCCACAUGAAACAUACAUUAUUCCCCCAUAAUGCAGAGGAUACAUGGCACCAGAGUACCUUCAAGAAGGGAAGAUUUCAACCAAGUCAGAUAUAUACAGUCUGGGUAUUCUAAUCCUAGAGAUUGUUACAGGAAAGAAGAAUCCCCAAGUUGAAGGAAACAUGUCUGGACAACACUUCAUUGAGAAUGUACGUAAAAAUUGGACUAAAAUGUCCCAGAUAGUGUCGAAGCAUCCAUUGCUCGGAACAUAUUCCCACCACCAGGUAUAUAGAUGCAUUGAAAUUGGACUACGCUGCGUGGAGGUUAAUCCGGAAAAAAGACCUUCUGCAGGAGAGAUAUUGUUGCAUAUCUUCUAUGGAAAUCCACACGUGAAGAUAAGCUUGAUGCAUAGUCUCCGUGGCAUGUUGAUGAGGACCGCCGCCGCCAUCCCUCGCCGAUCAUUGCGGCCACCGGAGCCAGGGUCCUCAUCCUCCUGGGCUCCUACCCCUAGAGCCGCCUUCGAUCCUUUUGAUGUCGAUUCCGGCCCGCCGCGGCAGCCUGAGCUGAUGCCCGAGCAGAUGACUGUUGUUCGAUUCUGUUUAUUUUGCUUGGAAGCAAACCACGGCUGUUGCUAUUGGGUUGCUUUAGUGCAAAGCAUUAGGUGGGGGAUCUGAUCGAAGUGUGACGGUAUAGGAUGCCUUGUAUGUGAUACUACAAUAAGUUGAAUGCCCUCACUAAACACAACUGCAAUACAAGAUUUUAAUCAUGAGUAGUUUUUUAA